UGUUUCAGAACCAUAAAUUCAGUUUCAUCUCUUCAUAGUAUCUUGAUUAAUCAAGUUUGUUCAAAUAUUUCUUAUAUUCUUAAUGGCUCUGUCUCUCUAUCUUUUUCUUCUUGUAAUAUUGCUUCCUCUUGCAAGUAAUGCACAGAGGCAACCACCUUCACCUGGUUAUAAACCUUCUUCGAAAUUCAGUUCAGUUAGUUUUGGUAAGGGAUAUAGUAAUUUAUGGAGUCCUCAUCACCAGACUAUCAAUGGUAGCACUGUGACAAUUUGGCUUGACAAUAGCACAGGAAGCGGAUUCAAAUCGCUGAAUUCUUAUAGUUCAGGGUACUUUGGUGCUGCUAUUAAGCUUCAUCCAGGUUACACUGCAGGAGUCAUUACUGCUUUUUAUCUUUCAAACAAUCAAGUGCUGGAGAAGCAUGAUGAAAUUGACAUUGAGUUCCUGGGAACAACACCAGGAAAGCCUUAUACACUACAAACAAAUGUUUAUGUCAAUGGAACCGGAGAUGGAACUCCCCUUAUUGGAAGAGAGGUCAAAUUUAACCUUUGGUUCGAUCCCACGAAGGCUUUCCAUAACUAUGCUAUCCUCUGGAACCCAAAGGAGAUCAUAUUCUUUGUGGAUGAUAUACCUAUAAGGAGAUACCCGAAAAAGAGUGCAGCCACAUUUCCAUCAAGGCCAAUGUGGGCAUACGGAUCGAUAUGGGAUGCUUCGUCAUGGGCAACUGAGGGCGGAAAAUACAAGGCAGACUAUCAGUACCAACCCUUCAUUGCUAGGUACAAGAAUUUCAAGAUAGGAGGCUGCAGAGCUGGCGCUCGAGCUACAUGCAGGCCAGCUUCAGGAUCUUCAGCACUCACGGGCAGGCUAAGCAGAAAGCAAAAUGUGGCCAUGGCCUGGGCUCAGAGAUAUUACAAGGUUUAUGAUUACUGCGGAGAUGAAACGAGAGACCUCACCAAAACAUCUGAGUGCCUUUCGUAGUUUCUCAGUUGCUGUGAAAUCUUUAAAGGGAUUGCUUGAGAUGGGUAUUAGUACUGAUGUUUGAUUGCAUAGUAAUUAAGUAUAUAUAUAUGAUUGAUCGUCCAA